AUGAUCCGUGUCGUGCACCGUGUUCGCCGUCUCAUCAAACAAAAAAAAGGUCGAAUCGUGAACGUGACUUCGGCUUUCGGUCGUUGUCCCACUCCGUGCAUUGGACCGUAUCUCGUGUCAAAAUACGCGGCCACCGCUUACACCGAUGCGAUCAGAAAAGAGCUUUCCCCGUGGGGCAUUGAGUUAUGGGAUCGAGCCAGUGACGAACUGAAAGCCGACUACGGAUUGGAGUUCUUUAACAAGACGUGCGACAAUCAGGCAAUGAUGAUGAACGGUUUUGGGUCGAACACAACUGAGAAAGUGACCGAUGCCUACGUGAAAGCGGUGACAUCGCUCUACACGCGUCGGCGCUACAAAGUCGGCUGGGACACCGCUUUUGUCUGGCAUCCCCUGUCGAUGAUGCCAACUAAUCUCCAAGAUUGGGCCUUUUACGUGAUGGAUUUGAUCUCUCGUGGACCCUUGCCAGCUCGUGUCAUCGCUGAACGGCAAGGCAAAUGC